AUGAAUGCUAACGGCUUCUUCUUUUUCAAGUUUUCUAAUGAAGCUGGUAUGUUGGAUGCUCUGAAAGAAGGACCUUGGAUUAUUCGCCCUCAACCAUUGUUUCUUAGUGUGUGGAAUCCGACAGUCAAGCUGGAGAAAAAGGAGGUUAAAAAGGUUCAAGUCUGGGUUAAAAUCCAUGACAUUCCUCUUGCUGCUUACACAGAAGACGGGCUGAGUAUGAUUGCUACAACAAUUGGUGAACCGAUUCUUCUAGAUUCGUACACCACAUCGAUGUGCAUGGAUAUGUGGGGGCGUAGUAGUUAUGCUAGAUCUUUGAUCGAGGUAUCCGCUGAAAAGGAUUUGUGUGAAGAAAUAACUCUGGCCAUACCUGAACCUGAGGGGGAGGGUGCUCCAAAUGCUGCCUUUGGCCACUCGGUUGAUUCUUGUCCUAAAUUGCCAAAAAAUUCUUCUACGGUUAAGAGUGUGGAACAAAAAGAUAAGCAUCCCGUGCAAGAUAAUCGAUAUGCUAAGAAGUAUCCAGUCAUAGACGAGGAUGGUUAUCAAGGGGUGCAGAGUAAGAAAGUGGCUCGUAAGCAGGGUUUCCAAGUUAAUAAACAAAAGCCAAAGUUUGAAUACAGGUCAGUGACUUCCAAACUGAAAGGGGAGAUGAAUAAAGCUUCGUCAUCAAAUGGUAUUGUGUCUAGAAAUCCUUUUGAUGUUUUGAACGAUGCUGAAGUGUAUGCUCCGGAGGAUAAAAAACAAUCGGAGGAUGGUCAAGAUGACUUGGAUAGUGAGGAGGUAGUGGAGGUAUAUAACGAAAUGGAUGAAUUUAUUUUAAAAGACUCCAUGAAGCCGAAUGACAAACAAGGGGCAAGCACUCCUUCUACAGUUGGUUCUAAUGGUUAG